AUGUCGCUGGCGUCUACUUCUACCUCGGAUCUGGCUGAAGAGGAGAGGAGAGCAAGGAAACUGGAAGCUGCAAAGAAGAAGCUCAAGUCGUUCCGGGCAACCCGCACCUCCGGUCCCUCUUCCGCGGGUCCCUCCCACACCCAGACCGCCUCUGGGUCAUCUACAAAAUCCUCCCUCGCCUCUCGCUCCCCUCGUCUCCCAUCUACCGUCCUUCCCCUCUCGACCGAGAACGGCGGCAACAUCUCGACCCACGUCCGCGUCAACAGCAAGGGGAAGGGCAAAAUGCUGGAUGGCGGUCUAGCGGAACCGCUCGGUCGGGUUGGACCAGUCAUGGGGCACGAGCGAGUACGGUCCGGGGCAAAAGCGAGCGGGCGGCAUCGACGGCAGAUGUCGUCUAUCUCUGCUUUGCCCCACUCGCUCUCGCUCCAGCGACCGCCGGAGGCAAUGGUGGAGGAGGAACCGGUAUCUCGGCGGGCAGGAAUACGGAUGGCGGAGUUCAAGCUCAAUCUACCUGUCCCGCGGGAGAUCAAUCUGACGCCCGCGACGCCGCUGCUGGAGACGAGCGAGCUGGACGACCCUUUCGGUGGGCCUCUACUAGCGUCAGCGCCGGAAGAAGCGGAGAACGUUCAUGCGGUCAAGCAGCGCCUUUCUGCCUUCUCGUUCGGUGCGAAACCGGGCGCUCUUCCUCCCUCGCCCUCGAGAUCGCCUACAGGCUCGCCAAACCGUCGGACCCGCAUCAAUCCCUCACUCCUCCCCUCCCUCUCACUCCGGUCGCAAGAGCUCAACUUGCCUCCUUCGCCUUCCAGACCAUCCGACACCCCCGCUUCAACAUCAGCUCCAGCAGGCCUGGAUAAGCUCGCGCUUGGUACCCCCGCCCGCCCGCCUUCGCUCCUCUUUACCGGCGCAACACCCCUCAUGCCGUCGCCAUCAGCUCCACACCGCCUCUCCCUCUCCGGCUUCAACGGAGAAUCUCCUAUCCCCUCCACCCCACACACACCCGCGCGCAAACGCCACUCCCAUACCCGCUCCGAUUCCAUCUCCCUCUCCGCUCUCAAAAUCGGCGCUGUACGACCCAUCUCCCUCGGUAUCCCCUCAUCACCCAGCUUUCCCUCCACACCCGGCUCGCCCGUUAGUCCAGACGAGUCCAAGCUGGGUCCGCGGAGCGCACUGAGCGGGACGCGGCUCAAGUUUGAGCCCUCGGAGGCCGAGAUGGCAAAGGAGGAAUCUAGGCGGAAGGCUCUCGAGAAGCUCACAGGAAACUCGCCGCUGUCCUCGCCCAUCAUCGAGGAACGGCCGGCGGAGAUAUCGCUCCCGGACCUGGAGGACGAUACCUCCUCGACCGCCUCGUCGUCCCGCCCGCUCUCGAGCGCAUGGGGUUCCGGCACCUUCUCGUUCGGCCGACCAAACUCGCUCGGUCUCCCUUCGGCGUCUAGCCAUAUUGCUACGCCUAUACCCGAGCCGAGCCUGUUUCCUGCUUGGCCAGCGGACGAUGCUCCGCCCAUGAGCUUUGACAAGUGGUCUAGCGGAUUCAAGGAGGAGAGUCUGGGUUUUGGGCUGGAGAGCAUGCCGAAGCGAGGUAGCUUCCAGGGAAAUCUGGCGGUCCUGCCGGAAGUCGAGGAGAUCGAGGAGGAAGAGGAUGAGGAACAUGUGGAGCAUGAAGGCGAUACCUCGCUCGACCUGCUUCCGACCACCACGCACGAGGUGCAGUCCACACCUAUCGUUCAGCCUACACCGAGCAGGCUGAGGGAGCUACACCUCCUCUCUUCCGGUCCUGUCGGUACACCUGGCUCCAUCGAGUCCAUCGGAUCCUUCUCCAGGGGCAUCAAUCGCCCCGCCCCGACUUCGCCGACGAAGGGGUACGGGAUGAUCGGUCGCGGACGUCCUCGGCCUUUAUCAGGCAUCAGCGCCAAGGCCUCCAUCUCCACUACGACUUCCGGAUCUACCACGUCUCCUCUGACCGCAACCGUUGUGACGCCCAAAACUGCGCGGAUGGCGGGUCCGCGGCGCCGGCUUUCCGGCUCAGGCAGGCGCAGCUCCAUCUCCUACAAGAAGGACAGGGACCCGGCUGUGCUCGAGAGCAUGAGCGCCGGUAGCUCCGUCUCGUCCCGAUGGUCCAUCAACGAUCGGAGCGUCGUCUCCCCUCCUCCGCCCAACGAUAUCUCCAGUCCCCCACUUACCUCCCCUCCCGGCUCCAGCUGGGCUCAUGUGCCCCGCUCGUCGAACCGACCGUGUCCUCGCCCCAAGUCGCUGGUCGGGCUCGGUAUACACCCUAACGCGGGAUCAGGGCGGAUCCUCUCGGAAGUGCUAGAGAAGGAUGAAGGGGAUGAGCGGGAACCGCUCGGGCUAGGUCUGGGGAUGGGCACUGCGAUGGGGGACGGAUGGCACUCUGCUCCGCCCGUCUCUGAUCGGCCAUUCACCUUCCGCUCAUUUGGGUCUCUGGAGGAGAUGGAGAUCCAGCCCGCACGGCGGAGUCUGGACAGCGAGGGAACAACAGGAAGGUGGAGGGACGAUAUGCUCGAAUUGGAGAUGGAGAGGGAUGCGCUCCGGGAGGAUGUGGAUGGGUGGAGGGAACGAUGUAGGAGUCUGGAGGAGCGGUUGGAGGAUGAGAAGCGAGAGUCUGGGAUCUUGAGGGAUCGGGUCAGGAAAUUGGGCGACCGAUUAUUGACGCUCUCGACCAACCCGCCUGAAUCGCCCGCGCGAAGCACCCCUUCUAGCGGGGUACAGGAAAGUCGGGUGCUCAGCGAGAUGCGAGCGCAGCUUUUCAACCUCACCUCCGCUGUCGAGCGAGAACGGCGGGACAAGGAGGCGGCAGAACAGCGUAUCGCGGCCCUCGAGGCUCAACUCAAGCCUGUUCGUUUCGCGGAACCUGCCCAGCCCGAGUGGUCGUUCAAGCCGUACCAGUCCCCGCCUAGUACGUUCGAAUACCAGCAGCAACAGCCGUAUGCCUCAGCGUUGGCUCCCUCACAGUCACCCUCGACAUUCGGGACGGGCGGGUCGUACAAUUCACCUUGGCCCUCGACACCCAUCAUCACCCCCGCUACGCCCGCGAUGGGCACUCCAUCCCACCCCUUCACAUCCACUCCGUGCGAUACCGAUCUCGGCCCCCAUUCGUCAGAUGGCGAGGCGGAACCCGAGCCCGACCUCAACUCGUUCCGGAUGAGAGCGUGGGGCUUCCCUUCUGUCCCCUCUCCGGGUAUUCCAAGCGCCAAACAAUCCAAACGGGAGAGUUUCUUUGGUCUUUCCAAGGCCCCGCGAGGGACAGGCGGGUCCGAGGCGGAGAUGGAGACGGGUACGGAGCUGUACGACGGGGUGGACCUCCCUCCUUUCGUGCUCCCCCAUUUCCCGCUCGCUGUCGCUGCCGCUGGGACAUUGCCCUUCCAGCCGGCAAUGGCCAUACCGAUGCCGAUAAACCGGGCAGUAUCGGACCCGGUCCUCUCGCCCGCUCGAACCCUACUGGCGCUAGCGGACGAAACGGCGGGAUCGGUACAGAUGACCAAGUCGGCUUCGGCGGGGUCGUUCGGCUCGUCGGCGUUGUCUCUCCUAUCGGGGUAUCUACCGACGAGGUCACCUACCAAGGCGGCGGUGACGGUUGUACCGGAGCAGCAGGUACCUACAACGCAGGCGGCGCUGCAGGCGGGUGUGGAGAGGACAGGGGGAAAGGUGGAUAUGCGGAUGUCGUGUAGGUGUUGCGUUGGGGAUGUGAUUGAGCUUUGA